AGAGAUGGAAGGAGAUCAAGUCUCUUCCACUCUCUUUUAAUUUAUAUUCUUUUAAUUUGAAAGGAUUAUGAUGGAAGCCGGAAAGUUCCCUCGCUUGGAAACCUGGAUGAAGAACUUCAAGGAAGAUCCUGUAAUCAAAGAAAACCUCCCCGAAUUCAAGGAUAUGUUACCAGCCAUGAAAAGUCGGAGGGAGGCCUAUCUGGCAUCCAAGUGAUCAUAAUAUCGUGCUGAACCUUACUAUAUCUUAAUUUCAAUCUAAGAUCGUCUGUAUGAAAAUGUAGGUGUUUGGUAUGAAUAAAAAAAUCUUAUAUAU